ACCAAGGUACAAGAUGGCCCAGUCUAUAGUCUAUAAUCUAUACUCUAUAUACACCAGACGUAUAACAAUGACCUUAUGACUUAUUUGUCAAACUGUCAUGAGUGAUUAUUAACUUACUAGCGAUGUUCAUAUCCAUAAUAGAUAAGAUACGCCGAUUAUCUGCUUUAAAUUAUCAAAAUUUAUUUUUCUAUGAGGUGUUAUAUAGUUACUAUUUAACAGUGAGUUAAACAUGACCUUACCUCUGCCUAUACCACCCUGCGCUAAAAGAGAUGGAUUAAGUGGUCUCAGUUGCGAGCAGUUCGAGUACGCAAGUACUAUGGCUACGACGUUAUUGGCACCAGUGAAAACAGAACGUGAAAUCUUAGAGCAUUCUAUGACUGAAGACGAUCCCAACGCAAACACUCAACUCUCGAGUACAGUGGGUAAACAGCCUAGAUGGGGCCCAAGACAUCGCGGGGCACAAGAACUUGCUGAAUUAUAUAGUCCAGGAAAAAGAUGGCAGGAAUCUGUGUGUGUUGUUGUCUGUUGCACAUUGUGUAUAUGUGCUGGUUUAUUAAUGGCCAGAUAUAUCCGAGCUGAUGCUAUGUUACUACUAGCAGCAGUAGCAGGAGUCCUUACAGCUGAUUUUGCAUCAGGAGUUGUGCAUUGGGCUGCCGAUACUUGGGGGGCUGUGGAUCUGCCUAUAAUAGGCAAGAAUUUUUUGCGCCCCUUCCGUGAGCACCACAUAGACCCAACAUCUAUAACAAGGCACGACUUUAUAGAAACCAAUGGAGAUAACUUUGCUAUCACAAUACCAGUUCUGGCACGAAUUGUUUGGCAGUUAUUGACUUAUGAUGAAACAACAAUUAAUGAAGAAUUUCAUUGGAUUGCCUACUGGUAUUUGUGCUGUAUUUUUGUGGCCAUGACAAAUCAGAUUCACAAAUGGUCACACACUUAUUUUGGGUUGCCUGCAUGGGUGGUGAUGCUGCAGGAGUGGCACAUAGUGCUCCCGCGCCGACAUCACCGUAUACACCACGUAGCGCCGCACGAGACUUACUUUUGUAUCACCACAGGCUGGUUGAACUGGCCCUUGGAAAAGUUACAUUUCUGGUCCAUACUAGAGACCAUCAUCGAAGCCUUAACCGGCUGCAAGCCCCGAGCUGAUGAUAUGAAAUGGGCUCAAAAACGUUCAUAGAACCUACCUGUACCGUAUUAUCGUUUUGCUAAUAUCAGUUUUAAGCAAAUAUUGACAAUUAUUAAAAGUAAUAAUUUGCUAAGUAAUGUCGCUGUAAUAAAUCAUAACUUAUUCUAAGAUAUAAAUAUUGUGAAGCUGUUAUACAUUUUUACAAGUAUGCAGAAUUAUUCAAGUUUAAUAUUUUUUGCAUUUUAUUUCCAUUUGAAUGUUUUUAUUUAAAGAGUAUCAUAAGAAAUGUAUUUCUACAAUAACUGCUGCAAAUCCGUCUAAGACUUAUAAAUUAAGUAUACAGUGAAUAUUUAUGUCAAGUAAGCUGUUAUAACGAUAAAUAAUAAUAAUUUGCACGGAGAGUUUUGUAAUCGCCUACAGAUUUUAGAAUUUAAAUAUUAUAAACAUUAAGUUAUUUGUGGCCUUUAUUAAAAGCGUAAAGACUGCUUCAUGCAAAUACGAAAUUUUAUUAUUCUAUAAAUAUUGUAUAGCGUGAUUUAUGUAGUACAUGGAGCUAAUAUUAAACUGUGAUAUAAAGUCAUUGGGACAAACAAAACUAUAUGGGACAUAUAACAUGUUUAUUGAGACUAUUUAUUUAAUAAACUGUGUAUCGGUAUGUCUGAUAAUGCAAGUAUAAGUGAUGUUAAACCUCAUAUUUUAGUAUAAGGUUCUAUGCUUACAGUUUUUUUUUGUUUUAAGUUUUUUACAACUAUUAAAAACUUUUUGUUUCGUUUUUAUUCAGCUUUAUAUACACGGCUUAAACAAAAAAUAUUGCUGAUUCAAACAAAAUAAGUGUCUUUGAAGAAGAAUAAGAAGAUGCAUUACAAAAGGUAUUCAAAUGUAAGUGCCAUAUAAAUUGUCAGACGGGAAACGUUCUAUUGAGUAUUAUUCAUAACCGAGCCCAUAUGAUGUCUGACAUUAAAAUUAUAAAAAAGUUGUACAUUGACAUAAUGUCUUAGAGGAAUUGUUUAUACAUUACAUUAAAAAAUUUUGUACAUUUUUACAGUUUAACAUGUUAUUUUUACAGUUAUUAACAAAACAACUAACUUUUUUAAAAUACCAAAAAUAAACAGCACAAAGAUUUAUACUAUAAUAAAGUAAAAGGAAUUAGUUACUCUUAAGUGAUAGAACAAUGAAGGUGCAAUAUUUUUUUUUUUAAUUUUAUAAGUUUUACAUAUACAGAGAAAAUGAAAUGCUAUUUAUUAUUUUAUAAUCAGCUAAUAGUUUACCAAAAUAGUUCUAAAAUAUUAUAAGAUGCAGUAUAUAAAAAAGCUGAGCAUUUGAUAAUGUUUACUAAUUUAAAAUAAAAUUAAUGAACAGUUUUUAAGGGAAGAUAAUAAAUUUAACACUGAAUUGACAUUUCUUUAUAAAACAUAUGUAUGUUAUUUUGUGUUGUUAUUAAAUGCUGUCAGCUAUUUAUACGCGUAAAAGUUAAUAAGUACACUUAUAUUUCAUAGGUAUGUCACGUUUUUAUUAACAUCGCACAAGCAAAUAAUACUGAACCACAAAAACGGUAUAGCUUAUAAUUUGUUUCAUUAAAACGUCCGUUCAUUUUCAAGUCAAUUGAAUACAAUAUUAAUUUGAUUACUUGUUUUAUUUGAACUUAUCCUUUGUUUUGUAAAAUACUUAAAGGUAAUAAGAUGUCAAAAGCAAUAAUCUUUUAUUUACAAACAUUAAUCUGCGUUCCAUUACUCUUAGGAACAAUGCAAAAACCGGGUUUUUCAGAUAUUAUAUGACCAAAUAUGACAGUUUAUUGUGUAAUUUAAUGUUAAAAGAAUGUAAAUGGCAAACCAGUUUCCGCUUGAAAUAAAUUGACAGGUGUAGGAGGGAGCUGGAACUUUUUGUUACUUUUUUGGGUUUAUUAUAAUUAAUAAUAAUAUGUAUUGUAAUAAGUCUUGCAUUAUGUUUGUGUUAUGCUCUUUUUCUUUAUAAAUAAAUUUUAAUGAUUUGCCCAUUA